CAUUUUUUCUACAUGUACAAGAUCCGUUCAUUCUUCCGUUCUUUGUCACAGAGCUUCCCACCUUGGACCUUGGACUACACAAUGGCCAAUGGACGUGUAUACCCACCCAACAAUGCAAUAUGAUGCCUCGUUUGGCAACUAGAAGGCUCCACAUUGCAGCCAGAGGACGCCACCUUGUAGCAGCAUCAGCUAGGGUGGGCGCUGCUACGAUUGGUGCUGCUACGAUUGGUAGUGGCAAGAAUCCCAGUUGGAUCCAACACUAUUGGAUCCAAUCGGCAAACCAUCAUGGCCACGCACGAUCGUUUGCAUCCACCUCCAUACCCCAGCAAGACGACCUGGAUGACUUGUGUCGAAAACACAUGGAUCUGCCAGCACAGGAAUUUGCCAUGGGAUGCAGCUUUCUCCAUCAAGUCGCGUUGGGAAUAAACCCGUCCGAAUUGGACAAGCUGUUACGAGUUCGACCCAGUCUCGUCAAUUUUCGAGAUUACGAUCGGAGAACACCGCUGCACAUUGCAGCGUCGGAAGGACACUUGGAAAUUUGUCAGUUCUUGGUAGAGAAAGGAGCUCGAAUCAAUAGAAGUGACCGAUGGGGAGGAAGUCCAUUGGAUGAUUCCCACCGUCAGAGACAUGGAGACGUCAUAAAGUUUCUCAAAGAACACGGUGCCACCUUUGGAAGUCCCUCGCAAGCCAACAACUUUAUUACGGCAGCAUCAGAAGGGGACUACGAAGAAGUGAAAGCCUUGCUGGAAUUUGGAAACAUGGACAUCAACCAUGGAGAUUACGAUCGUCGCACUGCUUUGCAUUUGGCAGCCGGCGAAGGUCGUGCUCACGUGGUACGGUUGUUGUGCGAAGCGGGGGCCGAUGUCAAUGUCAAGGAUCGAUGGGGGAAUCAACCUCUCGAUGAUGCCAUGGCCUCCAAUAACCAGACCUGCAUUGCAAUGUUGGAAAAGUUUGGUGGAACGCAAGGGUCCAAUGCGUCCUCCGACGUUAUGGGCGAAGAAGCGUUGCUGGAUUUGAUCCACACCUACGGCAAAGUGAGAGACGGAGUCUUGUCCAUGGAUUGGCAUGACGUGAAGGAAUUGCUCGAAGGAGUUGGCGAAGACCACACUGAUGAAGUGGUACAAAAGCUCUUUGAGGUGGCAGAUGUGAACGGGACGGGCAUUAUCGACACCGAAGCCUUCAUGACACACAGUGACACCUUUUUGGGUGGGAGACCUGCCCGCAUCAUUCUGGUGGUUGGCGGCCCUGGUUCGGGCAAGGGAGUGUUGUGCGAACGACUCGUCAAGGAGUGCGGUGUAGUGCAUCUUUCUUCAGGGGAGCUAUUAAGAGAUGAGGUUACCCGGGGCACGGAACUGGGCAAACAGGUAGAGGAAAUCAUGAAGAGCGGAGGCUUAGUGAGUAGUGCCAUCAUGGUUACGCUGAUGCAGAAGCGUAUGAAAGAUCACCCUGGGAAACGGAUUCUGCUGGAUGGCUUUCCUCGCUCCCAAGAAAAUGCCGAAGAUCUCGUCACUCUUUGUGGCAAGCCAGAAUUGGCGCUUCACUUGACCUGUGACGAUACGGUUUUACUGGAACGCGUCAUGAAACGAGGUCAAAGCGGAGAACGAGCAGACGACAACUUUGAUACCGCGAUUGAGCGAGUCCGAACCUAUCACAAAUAUCAUCAUCUCACGUUGGAAUUUUUGAGGCAAGAAAAUGUGCCCAUUGUCUUUCUGGAUUGCUCUGCAACACCAGACGGAGUUUGGGAGCAGCUCACGUCCAUUGGACGAUUGAUGCGCUCGGCAGUGAAGCUACCCCUAGGAGGAACCAAUGGCAAUGCGAAUUCCUCCUCCCAGGAGUAUUCCUCCAGUUUUGAGAUUCCUUGAGAGAUUUUGAGGUUCCAUCCAUAAGAGAUCAUGUGGAGGAGGUUGUGGCUGUUAGCUUUGUAGCAAUGGCACGCAUUUUUGUUGCAAUUUUGGAACAGUUUUAAAUUUUUGAGAUCGAAAACUCUACGAAAUGAAUAGACGAGGAUCUGUUUAUUCAUUACUAAUUACUAGUGCUAUCAUAAUCAUAAUCGUAAAUGCAUUCCUCAACGAUCGUUUGCCCGUCCUUGGAAAACUGGACGCCUUCCAACUUCAACAGUGCAAUUUUUCUUUCAAUUUUGGUUCCGCUCGUCAUACCCCCAAAUCCUCCAAUGGUUCGGUCCGUCUUUACCACUCGAUGACACGGGAUCUCGGGUGCAAAUGGAUUAUGUUUCAAAGCUUGUCCGAUGGCUUGACUGGAAUUGCAUCCAAUGUGGCGGGAGAGGGAUUUGUAGGUAGUCACUUUUCCUUCGGGGACUUUACAGAGUGCACUGAGGACCUGGGCACGAAAGGGCGUUACCUUUUGCCUCUGCGUAGAGCUAAGGCCGCUCAAUGUUACUGGCUUUGUCACCUUCGGCAUGGUCAAGAAUAAUGAAAGCACGGACCCUGGAUGUUGACUGAUAGAUUCGAAGAGGAACAAAAAUGAAGCCUCGAGAUCGACUCGAGACGAAGAUUUGGGUUUGCACCAAAAUUGAUGCCGUGA